AUGAGGUACCAAGAGGACAAGGCAAUUGAACAGGGCUGGCUGAAGAAGAGCUGGGAGAGUGGAGACUUCUGGACUGCGUAUGCGGCAAGGAAUAACUUCGCCUUUGACUUGAUAUACUGGCACAAGAUUGAUCAUCGAUUCUUUGGGCGGACCUCUUCUCCCAUCGACGAUGUUUGGAAGCAGAGACUUGAUCUCUUGGAGCCUGAAGAGAGAGCUGAUAUCGAAAGAUUGUUGGCGAUAAAGCUCGAAGAGAUGAAUACUCGGGCAUUGGCUUGGGAUCCGGACGAUUACACUAAGGAGGUCGCAGAGAAGGGCUCUUGGGAUAACGCAGGCCGACAGUACUAA